CCGUUUUACGUAACGAAAAAUUUUGGUCGCGUGUGUAUUUAUCAAAAUAUAAAUACAUGUUCAAUUGAAUAGAAUGAAAACUUGUGCAAUUCACUGGUUUCGGAAAGGAUUGAGGCUGCAUGAUAAUCCAGCACUUCAGGCAGCGUGCAAAGUUGCUGACGACGUGAAGCCAGUAUUUAUAUUGGACCCUUGGUUUGCCAACAAUGCUAAUGUAGGCGUAAAUAGGUGGAGGUUCCUCUUGCAGACGUUACAAAACUUAGAUGAAAACUUGAAAAAAAUAAAUUCACGAUUAUACAUUAUAAAAGGAAAGCCGGCAGAUGUAUUUCCAAAGUUAUUUAAAAAUUGGGGAGUGAGCCAUCUGACUUUUGAAGAAGACAUAGAACCUUAUGCUUUAACGAGAGAUUCUGAGAUUAAGAAGUUAGCAGAUGAACAUAAUGUAAAGGUGACAUCUUGUGUCUCCCACACAUUAUUUGAUCCACAAAGAAUAAUCUCAAAGAAUGGUGGCAAGGCUCCCCUAACAUACCAGCGUCUUCAGACUGUGUUGUCAAGCCUUGGUUCUCCCCCCAAACCAGUAGACAGCCCAUCAGAAUGUAAGACAAAGACGGAAUCAGACCAUGACAAGAAAUACGGAGUUCCCUCCCUGGAGGAUUUGGGGAAAUCAGAGAAAGAAUGUGGUCCCCUUCUGUUUCCGGGAGGAGAAACAGAGGCCCUGAGGAGACUGGAGAGCAUGAUGGGAAAAAAGAACUGGGUUUGCACAUUUGAGAAACCUAAGACUGCCCCCAACAGUCUGGAACCCAGUACAACAGUACUCAGUCCUUACCUGAAGUUUGGCUGUCUCUCUCCCAGAAUGUUCUACUACAAGCUACAGGAGGUCUAUGAUAAAGCCAAGCAUACCUCACCCCCUGUAUCCCUGCUGGGUCAGCUGUUAUGGAGGGAGUUCUACUACUGUGUAGCAGUAGACACACCCAACUUUGACAAAAUGGAGGGGAACCCAGUGUGUAAACAAAUUCCUUGGGACACCAAUGAGAGUUAUCUGAAGGCUUGGAAAGAGGGUCGUACUGGAUACCCCUUCAUUGACGCAGUGAUGACCCAGUUGCGACAGGAGGGGUGGAUCCAUCACCUGGCCCGACAUUCUGUGGCCUGUUUCCUGACCAGGGGAGACCUGUGGAUCAACUGGGAGGAAGGCAUGAAGGUGUUUGAGGAGUAUCUGUUAGAUGCAGACUGGAGCCUGAAUGCAGGGAACUGGAUGUGGCUGUCUGCCUCGGCCUUCUUCCAUCAAUACUUUAGAGUUUACAGUCCAAUUGAGUUUGGAAAGAAGACAGAUAAGGAUGGGGACUACAUCAGGAAAUAUGUUCCGCAGCUCAGUAAGUACCCAACAGCAUACAUUUAUGAGCCAUGGAAGGCACCGCUUAAAGUUCAAGAAAAGGCUGGUUGUAUUGUUGGGAAAGACUACCCCAAGCCUAUAGUAGAACAUGAUAAAAUCAGAAAGAAGAACAUUGAAAGAAUGGCACAAGCUUACAAUGCCAGUAAAACUGAGGGAGGAGCAGGUGCUAAAAGAAAGUCUGAUUCAUCUUCCUCACAGAAGAAGAAAAAGGCAAAAGUGAAAUAAAAAUACCAACAAGUUGCGAUUCCAAGGAUAAUGAACAUCUUAAGAAUACUGAGAGACUGAUCUGAAAUCUACCUCACUUCAAUAACAUUUGAAUUGUUAGUGAAUACCAUGUCCAUUUGUCACUGUUUGAAUAUCACUGUAAUUACAUAGGAGUAGAUGAACUACCAAUAAAAGUAGUCUAUGCUGUU